CGGCUUUCUCAUUCCGCGAUCCAAAAGCCGCACAAGGAGAAUUCCCCUCGAAAACCCUAGAUUUCCUCCUCUCCUUGCGGAUCUCCAUGUCGUCCUCCUCCUCCGACGAUGACGAUCGGAUCCCCUUCAGCCGGCGACCGGAAUGGUCCGACGUCAGGCCUGUCCCCCAGGACGAUGGACCGCACCCGAUUGUCCCCAUCGCCUACCGCGACGACUUCCGGGAGACCAUGGACUACUUCCGCGCCGUCUACAUCGCCGACGAGCGGAGUCGCCGCGCUCUUGACCUUACCACUGAGGCCAUCGGGAUGAACCCCGGGAACUACACUGUCUGGCAUUUCAGACGCCUUGUACUUGAGGCACUGAAUGUUGAUUUGCAUGAGGAAAGGGAUUUCAUUAACCAAAUUGCCAUACGCAAUUCUAAGAAUUAUCAAAUCUGGCAUCACAGGCGGUGGGUUGCAGAGAAUCUGGGACCUGAAGCUGCAGAUAAAGAGCUUGAAUUUACGAAGAGCAUACUUGCUCUUGAUGCUAAAAAUUACCAUGCCUGGUCUCAUAGGCAGUGGAUUCUUCUGUCACUGGGUGGCUGGGAAAAGGAGCUUGACUACUGCUGUAAGCUGCUUGAAGAUGACAUUUUUAAUAAUUCAGCUUGGAAUCAGAGGUACUUUGUCAUCACAAAGUCUCCGGUUCUUGGGGGCUUGCAAGCAAUGCGAGACUCUGAAGUAAGUUACACGGUUGAAGCCAUCCUAGCCAACCCUCAGAAUGAGAGCCCUUGGAGGUACCUCCGAGGUUUAUACAAGGGCGACACUGACUUGUUGGUAAGUGACAACCAAGUCUCCGAUGUAUGCCUGAAGGUUUUGAAGACCAAUCUCAACUACACAUUUGCAUUGAGUCUGCUCUUGGACCUCCUUAGUUAUGGUUUCCAACCUUCGGAUGAACUCAAGACUGUCAUUGAGGCUCUGAGGAAAACUGAACCAGACUCAUCAGAUGCCAAUUUGGCAACUACUAUCUGCUCCCUCUUAGAGACUGUGGACCCAAUGAGAUCAAACUACUGGGCGUGGCGCAAAAACAAUCUUCCAUUUCAGGUUUGUUGAGGCAGCCUACUGCAUUUUUCGCAUCUGUAUCAGAUUUGUGGGAUAUUUCAUGUAAGAUACUGAUAUUCAAUCAUAUCUAUAUUUGUUUCCUAUUUAUUCCUCUUC